AUAACGCCAUUGUGUAUGAUCCGCUUCUAAUUCCGAAUGGCUUUCCAUUGUUUGCUCGUAAUUCUUUGUCGCCUCUGAGAAAAUAUCGAAUGUCCUUCGGGAAAAUUUUCUUUUCGAUUUGAUCCAGGACGGUCAUGUCGUGCAUUGGUUGGAUUACGAAGAAUUUGGCAUCUCAAGUUUACGGAAGCUUCCUUAGCACGUUAGGGGUCACACAUGUCGCUUGUGCAUCGGUGACAUGCCUUGCGAAUGAUGUCCGCUUUUUCUGGUGCAGACAUGCGUACGGUUCUGAGUGGGGCUCCUUUUGGUUGCCUACGUGUUGCUAGGAGAAGUGUCGGCAAUCCCUCUUGUUGGGGUCUCUUGCAGCCCUAAAUAGAAAUGGCCGCAAACAGUGGAGCACCUCCAAGGGGCAGCGCAGCAGCAGCUGCAAGCUUGCGUAGGAGGAGGGCUGGCGGGGGUGGGUCAACAGCAGGAGCGGGUGUCAACACCAUGCUCCAGUUCUACACGGAUGACACUACAGGCCGCAAGAUGACACCCAACACCGUCCUCAUCAUGAGCAUCGGGUUCAUAGCAUUUGUCGCCAUUCUCCAUGUCUUUGGUAAGCUCAACUUUGUUCCAAGAUCUUAGGUGGGUCUCAACAUCAAAAUUCAUUGUAGGUGUGGUGAUUUUCUCAUUUUGAGUAUUUGAGGAACUCUGAUUUUGUGUCGUGCUUA